AUGGCUGAGCGAGGACUUCAGCUUGACCAGGAGAGGUUUUCCUGUUCAAUCUGUUUGGAUCUACUGAACGAACCAGUGACUACUUCCUGCGGGCACAGCUUCUGUAAGAGCUGUAUUAGGAGCCACUGGGAUGCAGAGGAUCAGAAGGGAUCCUACACUUGUCCUCAGUGCAGACAGGCCUUCAUGUCGAGGCCAGUCUUGGGGAAAAACACCAUGUUAGCAGAGUUAGUGGAGGAGCUGAAGAAAAAUGUACUCCAUGCUGCUCCUCAUCCUCAGCAUUAUGCUGAACCUGGAGAUGUGGCCUGUGACGUGUGCACAGAGAGAAAGCUUAAAGCCUCCAAAUCCUGUCUGCAGUGCAUGGCCUCUUACUGUGAGCUCCACCUUCAGCCUCACUAUGAAUCACCAAAUUUUCAGAGACACAAGCUGGUGGAAGCCUUGGCAAAGCUCCAGGAGAACUUGUGCUCUGUUCACAGUAAAGUGAAAGAGAUCUUCUGUUGCAGCGAUCAGCAGUGCAUCUGCUCCGUCUGUGCUAUGGAGGAACAUAGCGGCCACGACACAGUGUCAGCAAUAGCAGAGAGGGCCGAGAGGCAGAGAGAGCUCGGGCCGAGAUGGCAAAAAAUCCAGCAAAGAAUCCAGGACAGAGAAAAACACAUGAAGCUCCUUCAGCAGCAGAUGGAGGCCAUUGAUAGCUCUGCUGAUAAGGCCAUGAGGGACACCCAGACCAUGUUCAACCAAUUGCACCGAUUAGUGGAGAAAAGAAGCUCUGACAUGCAGCAGCAGAUCAGAUUCCAGCAACAAACUGCACUGAGCCGGGCCAAAGAGCUUCAGAAAACGCUCCAGCAGGAGGUAACUGACCUCAGAAGGAGAGAUGCUGAACUGGAGCAGCUCUCAAGUACAGAGGAUCAUGGCCAGUUUCUCCUCAGCUACGCCUUACUGUCAGGACUCAGUGAAUCCACACAUUCAGCCAGCAUCAACAUCCAUCCUCAGAGCUACUUCCAAGAGGUGACAGCAGCUGUGUCAGAGCUUGUAAAUAAACUGCAGUGCAUCCUGAGUCAGGACUGGUCUGAGGUCUCACUGACUGAAGGGGAGCCUUUGCUGAGACCAGAACAGCACAAGACUUUAGUCAAGCAACAAACACACUUGGUGCCACCUCCACCACCACCAUCCCUCCAGCCUCCAGCAGAGUCCAGAACUUUGGUGAAUCAACAACCACGGUUGGUGCCACCUCCACCACCACCGUCCCUCCAGCCUCCAGCAGAGUCCAGAACUUUAGUGAAUCAACAACCACGGUUGGUGCCACCACCACCAUCCCUCCAGCCUCCAGCAGAGUCCAGAACUUUAGUGAAUCAACAACCACGGUUGGUGCCACCACCACCACCACGGUCCCUCCAGCCUCCAACAGAGUCCAGAACUUUAGUGAAACAGCAACCAUGUUUGCCACCACCACAAUCUUUUCUGUCACCAGUAGAGCCCACAACCAGAGCUGAGUUCCUCCAGUAUUCAAAGAGAAUCACCAUGGACCCAAACACAGCACACAGAGAGCUGUUAUUAUCUGAGGGGCACAGGAGAGUAACAUUUGGGUAUACCAUACUGUCAUAUUCAGAUAAUCCAGAGAGAUUUAGAGAGUGCGCUCAGGUUCUGAGCAGAGAGAUUCUGACUGGUUGUUGUUACUGGGAGGUGAAAUGGAAAAGAUUUGUUUCAAUAGCUGUCGCAUACAAGUGUAUUAACAGAACAGGAAGUGAUAGUGAAUUUGGAUACAAUGACAAAUCCUGGUCAUUAGAGUGUGACUGCAAUAGUUAUAAGUUCCGGCACAACAACAUCGUUACUUUCCUCUCAGUUCCUCAGUGCUCCAGAGUUGGGGUGUACCUCGAUCACAGUGACGGUAUUCUGUGCUUCUACAGUGUCUCUGAAACCAUGACUCUCAUUCACAGAGUCCAGACCACCUUCACUCAGCCCCUACAUGCUGGACUCUGGGUAGAUAUUUCUGGAUCUGCUGAGUUUGUUGAGCUUCAGUAUACAUGUGGUGUCAAUAUUUAA